UGUUUUUAUGAAUUAAUUUAUCGUAUUCAGGUAACGUUAGUCUGCCGGUAUUGUACAGUUUCUACGUCGUAGUUACGUAAUUUUUGGAUGACGCAGUCAGAUGGGGGUUAGGAUUGACCUAUGCAAAAAUUGUUACGGUACCGUAUGCUACGCUCGCUAGAAGUACGAAACCGCCACCGGUACCGGUACGGUACUUGCAGACUUAAAGUACGAAACUACACGAGACCCCGAAACCACACUAUCCUGUUCAUAAUCCAGCUAUCCGGAAGAGCAUUCAAUAAUACAGCAAUAGUCUGAAUAGUACGGUACAGGUACCUGUGCUACUUUUUAAAUCACAAGACAGUUGCAAAAAAUAUUCCCUCAUAAAGUUCCUUCAAAAUCGUACCAUAAUUUACCACUCCAGAUGAUGCAAUUGACGUGUUGGCUGGUUGGUCACCCUAUACCCUUGCUUCAAUGUAUUACUAAGCAUAUCACUCUUCCUAUAACCUGAUAACAGUAUGCUGGUAUGAGAUGAGCUCAACCCAGUGGACUCUUUUUUGAACUUUUCACAUUCCGACAGUCGUCGUGUAGCCUAUUUCUUAUGGUAUUGUUUAGGUGACACAUGUGCGCCUGUGCAUGUAAUGACUUGAAAGGCAACUAGUCUAUAAUACGCUGAAAAAAAAUUACCUCAACACUUUAUAAGUUAUUUUUUAGCUGGUACUUCAAAUGGCUUAACUGUUACAAUUCAUUAAAGAAAUUAUCUAUUACAUUUUAACGAACCAAUAUUAUUUGCAAACUUCUACUUUGUUCCCAAAUGAACGAGUUGCUAUAAUCUGGUAUUGGGAUUUUGUUUUGUUAUAUAAUUUUUUGUUUGUAAUUUAUUUUCAUUUUGAUCUUGCAGGUAUUACUGCAGAUAUUUAUUCUCAUACGAAUAAACAUGGAUGAUCAGAACCGUGCUAGGAGAUUGAAAGUUAUAUCCGGCCACUUGGCACAAAAACAUAACGAUCUUAUAAAAGUCAAAUGUGCAGAGUUGAAGCAACAUGACGUUAAACCGGGUACAAGAACCAUUCCAAAAUCCCGAGAAGACAUUUUGAAAUGGAAUGGCUGGGGUUAUAAAGAUACUACAUUCAUGGAGAAUGAGGAUGGGCAAAUGGAAUUCACAGGUUCCCAUUAUAAACUUAGUGGACUCGUUUUACCCCAUUUCAGAAGUUGGAUGGAAAAAAAUAUGGGCAUUGAAUUAGCUCAUGUUGUUCCAAGUGUUCCAAAUAUUGACCCUUCCAAAGUUCCUCAGCCAACUUUGAAUGACACAUUCUUAGAUGAAAUGGAAAAGUUGGGAGUUGAUUACUCAAAUAAUCCUACAGAUAGAGUAAUGAGAUCACAUGGUCAUACUGUUGAAGAAAUUUUCAAAUUGCGUGAUGGAAGACUCGAGGAUAGAAUUCCAGAUGUUGUAAUAUGGCCCAAGUCUCAUAAUCAUGUUGUUCAAGUUGUAGAGUCUGCUUCGAAGCAUAAUGUAUGCUUGAUGCCAGUAGGUGGUGGUACUAGUGUCACAUAUUCAUUACGCUGCCCAGCUGAUGAAAAAAGGUGCAUUGUUGCAGUUGAUAUGACACAGAUGAGCAAGAUUCUAUGGGUUGAUGAAAAAAAUCUUUUGGCUCGAGUUGAGGCAGGAAUCGUGGGCCAAGAUUUGGAGAGAGAUCUGAAUGCUAUUGGGCUCUGUACAGGCCAUGAACCCGAUUCAAUGGAAUUCAGCACCCUUGGUGGAUGGGUAGCAACAAGAGCAUCUGGCAUGCGGAAAAAUGUUUAUGGCAACAUCGAAGACUUGGUAGUGCAUGUUCGCAUGGUCACUCCCCGCGGAGUAGUUGAACGCAACUGUAUGGUUCCUCGUAUGUCUGCUGGUCCAGAUUUUCAUCAUCUCAUUCUUGGUUCUGAAGGUACUAUGGGAAUCAUUACAGAAGUUACUCUCAGGGUUCGUCCCAUUCCCAAAUGUCAAAAAUAUGGCUCAAUUGUGUUCCCAGAUUUUAAGAGUGGUGUUGAAUGUCUAAGAGAGGUAGCUCUUAACAGAUGUGCUCCUGCAUCAAUUCGGCUAAUGGAUAAUGCUCAAUUUCAGUUUGGUCAAGCAUUGAAGCCUGAAGUUGCAGGGAUGUUCACAUCCUUCAUAGAUGGCCUAAAGAAGUUUUAUGUUACGAAGGUGAAGGGAUAUGAUCCCAACAAAAUGUGUGUUGCUACUUUAUUGUUCGAAGGUGAUCCUGCUGUAGUGGCUCAACAAGAAAAAGCAGUUUUUGAAAUUGCUGCCAAGCACCAAGGUAUGCCUGCUGGAGAAGACAAUGGCCAGCGAGGAUAUAUGCUUACAUUUGUGAUUGCUUAUUUGCGAGACUCUGGCUUGGAAUAUGAGGUUCUUGGAGAGUCGUUUGAAACCUCGGUGCCAUGGGAUAGAGUCAUCGAUUUAUGCAGAAACGUUAAAGAAAGAAUUCAUCAAGAGUGCGUUAGUCAUGGAAUCAAGUAUCCUCCUCUCAGUACGUGCCGAGUAACGCAAACAUAUGAUGCUGGAGCGUGCAUAUAUUUCUACUUUGCCUUCAGAUAUAGAGGCUUAACCGACCCACUACAUGUGUAUGAUGACAUAGAAAAUGCUGCAAGGGAUGAAAUACUUGCCAAUGGUGGAAGUGUAUCACAUCAUCAUGGUAUAGGAAAGAUUCGAAAACAGUACAUGUCUCGUACUGCAACACCUGCAUCACUGGGAAGUAUAUCAUCAGUUAAAAAUUAUCUCGACCCAGAUAAUAUCUUCGGCAAUCAAAAUUUAUUGUGAUCAUUUUAUAUCAUCACAAACUUCAAUUCUUCAAUGAAAUUUUGUUCUUUAUUUAAUCUUUGUUUUAAUCAUGAACUAAAGUUGAAUUUAUCAAAAUUUAGCGUUAUACCCAAUUUAAUAGUCCUUGGUAAACUUUACAAUGACUUUAUACUAUUUUGCUAAUCGUUUAACAUAAAUUUUGAAAUUGUGUUCUAAUACUGGUUACGUUUUGAAUGUAUUACCGUAGUUUUUUUCUUAAGAAAUGUUUUCUGCUUUAAUUAAGGUAUGGAAACUGUCUACCUGAAUACAAACCAUGUUUGUAUUUAUGUUCCCGAUCAUUAAUCUGAACUCUAUUAAUAAACAGUAGUUAUUAUGCAACUUUUCAUUAAAUGUUUGCGAUUUUUAAUUUAGAUGAAAGUGUGCCUAUUUGGUUAACUCUUAUGUGGUCAAAAUCAAACAAAAGAUUUCUGCACACUUCAGCAUUUUGUACAAAUAUGUACUCAAGAUUAAUUAGGAGAAUCAUGCGCCAUCAUGUAUUGUGCACAAUCUUUUAUAAUGUCUGAUUUGAAAAUGCUUUCAAAUCUAACUCGAUGAUGGCAUAGUUAGUUAACAAAAUAUUUAUAGAACCUUGUCUCAAAUGGAGUUAUUCUCUUUGACAGCAUACUGUAAGUAAUGUACUUAUUUACUAUGCAAUUGCGCAUUCCUGUUUAUCAAAUUUUCACAAUUAAUUUUUAACAUGUAAUUAAAUCACUGAAAAAGCCG